AUGCGAAACCGUAUCUAUCGUGCCGCCCUAGUCAAAGACCAGCCCAUUCGCACCAGUCCCUACACAUUCAACUCUCCCGGACUCCUCAAAGCGUGCAGAACCACUAGGUCCGAAGCCACGGCCAUAUAUCUCCUCGAAAACACAUUCGAGAUUGAUGCCCGCAAACACGAUAGUCACCCCCUUCUUACCUUCAACACGGCCGUCACACGCCUCGGCUUCUUACCUCAAGCUAUCAAGAUGAAUCUGGACUAUCGAGGAAUGUUUGCGGACUGGAUGGAUCUCGUGGCGUGGGUGAGGAGACUCCACGCACGAAAAAUUCACCUUAAACCUCCACCGGGUGUCGUGAUUCGCUUCGGAAGAGGGCAGCGGGGAAUCUUGAUAGACGAUCUUGGUCCACUUAUCGAAGGCCUGCGUGAGGUGUCCUGGCCGAAGGUCGCUGCGAUUCUGAGAGUGAUUGAGAUGAGGGUUUUGUAUGACCAUGAUGUGACGACGUCUCAAGCGGUCGAGGAGGGCCUGGAUGCAUUGGAGGAUGUACUGGAAAGCGAACGUGAGGCGAACGGUGUGCGAGCGUUCAUUGAAGUGUAG